GUGUGACCCAAAUCACUAGCACGCCUUUGUUGUCACGGAUAGGACAGAUAAGUUGUCGGAAAGCCAUGAUGAAACUUCCAUUCGCACUUUUUGUUUUCUGCACAGCCAUUUGCUUGGUGUCCUGUUUCAAAUGUUACCAAUGUGUACGGAAAUCUUUGGAUGUCGAAGAAUAUACCACGAAGCAAUGCUUGAAAGAUCAGAAAAUUGUCGAUUGCAUCAACAGAAAUGUGUCAGACCCUACCGAGUACGCAUGCGUCAGGAUGCACAGCGUGAGUGAUGAUGAUGUAGAGUAUGAGAUGAGAGCCUGCUAUAUUAAGAGUAUUUGCGAAGAGCGAAAGAAACGAUGCGAAGACAAAGCCCAGAUGAAGGAACAGAAGAUAAAAGAGUGCACUAUGACUUGCUGUGUCAGUGAUGGUGACACACCCUGUAACAGUGGCUUCACCGUCUUCAACGACCCGAUUGCGAUUCCGACAAUGAUGUUGGCUGUGUUGUGCGCCUUGAAGCUGUUUUAGUCACACAUUCCCGCAGAGGUCAACUUGUAAUGCUUUUUCGGCCAAUCAAAUGUCUGGAUCAUUAGCGUGUGAUUUUGAAGUUAAAGUAAAAUAAACUGGUUUAUGCGUUAAGCUAGAUACACUGUGUUUUGUUAAAUGUUAUCACUUGUAGAAUGUAUGUAUCGCAGAAUACAUGGUUUCCAUGGUUACCUGUAAUGACAGGAGAAUAAAGCUAUUGGGACUAGUUGAUAUGA